AUGGCCUCGUGUGAACCUUUUGCUACUACAGUUGACACCAAACAGAAGCUCAGUACCACCGUCAACACUUCAUAUAACGAUCCCACUUUAUAUCGAAGUCUUGCAGGAUCCUUGAAGUAUCUUACUUUCACCCGACCUGACAUCUCUUAUGUUGGCCAACAGAUGUGUCUUCACAUGCAUGCCCCUUGCACCGACCACAUGCUUGCCCUCAAACGCAUCAUGUGUUAUGUUCUGGGCACCCUACACUAUGGUUUGCAUCUCUAUCCAUCCCCUAUUGAGAAACUUAUCUCCUACACUGAUGCUGAUUGGGGUGGAUGUCCUGACACUCGUUGUUCGACCUCUGGCUAUUGUGUGUUUCUUGGUGACAACCUCAUUUCAUGA